AUGGCUAAGAAAUUUGAUUUCAAAUCAGUGGCUACUUGGGAAACUGGUGAAUUGGAAUCGCAGCCAGGGCCUAGCGGUAUACGCAAACGUACUGCAACUUCAUUCGAUGAAUGCGCGAAACUAUUGAAUAUGCGACAGUUGAUGAUGAUUAAAAAUGAACAAAUUGAUUAUUUGACAAUAGAGGAGCGAAAAGUCCUUUAUACUGCUUGUCACGUGGUACCAACGGUAGAUCCAUCAUACGUCUACAAUUUAAUCACAAACAAAUCUAUGAGCAGCGUAGAAACCAUUGUUGAGCAUCUUUUCGGAUAUGGCUAUCCCACAAUUAAACAACGUGUACGUCGUGAAUGUAUGGAAUUGCGUCGUAAAGCUUUUCUUUGUGAAGAUGGACAAACAUUUGAUUUUGUUCAAUUUCUUGCAAUAUAUCCAAAUCCAGAAAUAUUUUUUGAGGAAAAGCGUAAAACGGAUGAAAUUUAUAUGAAGCAUGCUAUGGCUUUUUUGUCGCGAAAAUUUGAACAAUAUGAUGUGAAAUUUAUAAGAAAACUAUUUAUUAACAGCAAUAAACAGCUAUUGCCAGCUUAUAGAAUCUUGAAGAAACAUGCUGAAGCAUUCGCAAAAAGUAAAAACGCUCCUCAUUUUGUUACGAACGCUCAUGUUAAAGUGAAAUUCAGACGAUUAUCUGAUAGUGGAAAAAUACCAGAUUAUCCGGAUUCGUUAGAUGAAUUAUUUUUUCGAGAAGCGCAAUUUUGCUUGUAUGAAGAGGAAAUAUUAAACUACAAAGUAAAUUGCGCUGCAAAACGGAAAGAAGCAUUAGAACAUGCAGAACGGAAUAGCUUACUAAAAGAAUGUAUCAUUUGCUGUGAGGAUUGUCAUUUGGAAGAAGAUAUGGUGAAAUGUAGCAAGGGAGAUCAUGAAUUUUGUAAGAAUUGUGUAAAACAACAUACGGAAGCUCAGAUCGGCGAUGGUAUGAACAGAAUUUCUUGCAUGGAUCCAUCGUGUACAGAUGGUCACUUUGAAACGUCAUCUAUUCAGAAUAUUAUCUCACCAGCCUUAUUUCGCUUAUUUAUUCUACAUUGUUUAAGAGAUGAAAUUCUUACCUCAAACAUUGGAAAUAUUGAAUUUUGUCCAUUUUGUGAUUUCCCGGCAAGUUUUGGAAAUAGUGAAGAUCGAACACUUGUCUGCUUGAAUGCUGUUUGCCAGAAAGAAUCGUGCAGGAAAUGUCAAAAAGAAUCACACAUUCCGUUGCGAUGUGAAGAAGUUCAAGAAGACGUUGAUUUUGAGACCAAAAAACGUAAAUUUAUUGAGGAGCGCAUGUCAGAAGCAGUAAUUCGCAAAUGUCCAACCUGUGAUAAGAAAAUUACGAAAGAAACAGGAUGCAAUAAAAUGACAUGUCCUUGUGGUACUUUCUUCUGUUAUGUUUGCAAUGUAGCACUUCCGAAAGAAAAUCCUUAUGAACAUUUCUCCAACGUUAGAGGUCGUUGUCGUCAAGACACAUCACUUGAGCAACUUCAUGAAAUGGCUGCAAAACGUGCUGGUUUAGAAGCUUUACGUCUAUUCAAUGAACAUAAUCCUGAGUCAAUUGAUGUGAAAGCGCCAAAUAUUAAUGAAUUAGCUGGAUUAAAAAAGAAAACGAAACCGGCAACAACGAAAGAAUGA